AUGGCGAUAAGUCAAGACAUCCAGCAGCAAAAUAUUCAGGAUCGUCUGGUUAAGCAAAGGGAGGUGAUCAAAUGUAGACUGAAGAAACUGAAUGGCAAGCAAAAUGAAAUUAAAACGAAAUCCUCUGUGAUGAGAGAAAACAUAAUGAAGAAGUAUAAAGAGAUGCAGAGAGUUCUGGAGGAGGAUUGUAGGAUCACUCUGUCUCUUCUGGAGAUGGAAGAGACAGCUACUGUUCAAGCAAUGGAUCGCCUCAUCAAUGAAAACUGUGUCCUCCUCAAACACAUUGAAUUCCAGCUAAAUGAAGAGUUGAUGGACAAUGGCAAGGAGCCUGGGGAAAAGGUGAGCUUUCAGAAGACGUAAUGCAUUAUGCAGGUCCAUUCAACAGACCCUGGUCUUGUAAAACUUGAUGAGGCAAAAGCAGAACAGAUACUGGGCCUAGCCAACAAUCUACUGCGGUUCAUCCGUUCUCAAACUCCUACUGUCAAGAGGUUACUAAAGAGCUGCGACUGUGCCACUUACUCAGAUGUAUGGCAGGAUGUCCCUGAGCAUGAGGGAUGCUUUGACACCACCCUUAAUGUCCUCAGUGUUCAGAGCUGGAACUCUGGACACCAUUACUGGGAGGUCGAUGUUGGUGAGAUCUAUUGGGAGCUGGGUCUCACCUACCCCUCUAUUCCAAGAAAAGGUCAAAAGGAGGACUGCUGGUUGGGCCGCCACUCUGAAUCCUGGUGUCUUGAGUACUUUGAUGGAGACUACACUGCCUGGCACGGAGGUACCCCACAUCCUUUACCCAUCUCAGCAGAUUUCCGCCGGAUAGGGAUCCUCUACAGCUUUUCUGGAGGUUUGGUGACAUUUGUAGGAGUGGACAACACGACACCACUGUACUCAUUCUGUGCUGGGACAUUUACAGACCCUUUACAUCUGGCUCUGUGUCCUGGUCAUGAUCUUCAAGGGACUAAUUCAAAACCUAUCAGGAUCUGUCAAUCAUAAGUAUUUUUCAAAAACGAAAAAAAAACCAGAGGUGGUGAAUUCCUAUGAAUUCAUGCACCUAAAAUAAAAACUAGAUAAUGA